ACUCCGCAUAAGGAGUCAGAACCCCUAGACGCGUCAGACUACUUAUAGGCCUCUCAAGUCCUCCUCUACGCGCCGUUCUGACAAGUGUCAAACGCGUGUUUUCAUUGGCAGGCGCGCGUACUGAUACCCCGCGCUCAGACCAUUAUCCUUCCCUUAUUGGGAGCGCUUCUUCGAGGCAUCCUCAAGUCGCGCAUAUAUAUACCUCGCGGCUUGUACCAUGACACCCCAACUCACCUUAACCUCUUCCCUCAUCAUAAUGGCCCCCCAUACUCGUGCGAGGACCGAUCUUGGUGGAACCACAAACCCGCAGCCCCUGCUUAAUGUUGCAGCACCUUCUGCAGUGCCUCCCUUCAUGCCACAAGCCACUCCGUCGGUUCCAGCUCCCCCUGCGCCUAACACACCGUACGCGUACUAUCCUACCUCAUCAGCUGUCUCCAUUACGGCGUGUCGUAUCUCGAAAGCCGAUCUCGACAAGAUUGAGCUCCUGGACAGAGCGAAGAACAACUGGACCUCGUGAUCCGAACUCAUGCUGGAGGUUUUCCACAUGAACCUCCUUGAGGGCUACACUCCAGGUACGGUUGCUCGCCCUGAUGCGACACGCGAGCCUCUGGCCGCCAGGAACUGGGACUUGAACAACGCAGGCAUAGUUCCAGCGCUGCGCAACCGCGUCUCCCUAGACGACAAGCGUGUCCUCGAUGUCAUUACCGGUGCGCACAGGGCGUGGACCACCUUACGCUCCCGUCACCAGAAGCUCGGGC